AUGGUGGUGCUUCGCUUUGCCGCGCUCGCCGCAGCGUCCCUUCCCUUGACUUCUGCGAGUGCCAUCUUUCGCAGGGAUCUAACGGCGCCUGAAUCGCCACGCGAGGGCUGGAGCUACUUGGGCUGCUUCAUUGAUAGCACGUCCAAGCGCGCUCUCGAUGGCCCUGUUCACUAUGAUGAGACUGGCCUCACAGCUGAGACCUGCGUCGCCCAUUGCGUCGGUCUCGGCUAUGCAUUCGCGGGCAUGGAGUACUCCAAGGAGUGCUUCUGCGGCAGCAAGAGGCCCACUACAAAGACAGAUGAAUCUGAUUGUAACAUGCCAUGCACUGGCGAUGAUGAGCAGCCUUGCGGCGCUGGCGACAGGUUGACUGUCUUUGGCAAGGCUUCAGCUGGCGGAUCUUCUGUUCCUUCAGGAUCCCCCACUGAGACUGCUACUGCUACCGCCACAGCUUCUGCCUCUGCUUCCGGAACUGCUGCUCCCAUCGCCACUGACUUGCCUGGAACCUGGUCUUAUGCAGGUUGCUACACUGAUCCGCCGGGCCGUGCCUUGCAAGCAGCCGGAACUUCAAGGGACAUGACUCCCCAGAAGUGCAUUGCCACUUGCAUCGCCGACGGCUUCAAGAUUGCCGGUGUGGAGUAUGCAGAGGAGUGCUUCUGUGGCAAUUCUCUUAACAAUGCUGCUUCCAAGGUCAAGGAGUCUGACUGCAACAUGCCCUGCGCGGGGGAUUCCAGCCAGAUGUGUGGUGCUGGAAGUCGUCUCUCGCUCUACUCCGAUGGAGACUUCGAGAUCAACCCCAUCCCUGUUGCCAAGGAGGAUGACCUUCCUGGUGACUGGGAGUACAAGGGCUGCGUCUUUGAUAACAACAACCCCUACCUUCUUGAGUGGCUCUAUGAGGACGCCGGCAGCUAUGCUACCAGCAACAUGACCAUCGAGACCUGUCUCCUCCGCUGCCAGAAGUUCGGCUACUCCGCUGGUGGUGUCGAGUACGGUCGCCAAUGUGUCUGCGGUGAUCUCAAAGCCGUCGAGGCCAGGGGUGAUGUCUGGAAAGACGACAGUUUCUGCAGCAUGGCCUGCCCUGGUGAUCGCAACUCCACUUGCGGUGCUGGAAACCACAUCAACUACUACGAGUGGACUGGUGAGUCUCUCAACACCUUCCACUACGCAUCUGGUCCCAAGGCUGGACGAUACGACCACUUUUCCACUUCUCCUAUCAUUCCCCUUAUCAGCUCUGUUGGUAUCAACGACAAGGUUGUUUUCGUCGAGAAGCACGGUACGUCUGAUGACGACACCGAGGGCUCUUUCGAGUUUGACUACACCACCAACAUCUAUCGUGAACUUGCUCUCAAGACUGAUGUCUUUUGCUCGGCGUCCUUCACUCUUCCUGACAAGGCUGGUCGUAUCAUCAACAUUGGUGGCUGGUCUGCCGAGUCAGUCUACGGUAUUCGCUUCUUCACUCCUGAUUCUCCCCAGGGAGUUGACAAUGGCACAAACGUCUGGGAAGAGGAUUACACGCAGCUGCGACUCUUUGAUCCUCGCUGGUAUCCUACUGCGCUUGUUCUUUCCAACGGUUCCAUUCUUGCUAUGGGCGGCGAGUCUGGCUCUGAUGCUCCUAUCGUUCCCACCGCUGAAGUCCUUCCUCACCCUGCCGGCGUGACAGAGUCGACUUACCUCGACUACCUUGAGCGCGCUGAGAAUAUUGGUCGAACCAACUCUUACCCUCACAUGGCCAUCUUACCUUCUGGUAACAUUUUCUUUACUCAGUUUAAUGAAUCUCGUCUUCUUUCUCAGACCGACUUCCAGUCUAUCAAGAAGCUGCCUGACAUGCCUGGCCAAGUCGACAACCCAUUGACAGGUCGCAACUAUCCUCUUCAGGGUACUUUGAUGGUCCUGCCUCACAAGGCUCCUUACAGCGAUCCCGUCGAGGUUCUCAUCUGUGGUGGUACUACUCAUGAGCCUGGUAAUGAAGCUCUCGACAACUGUGUCUUGAUGGCGCCGGAUGUUGAGGGUGCUGAGUGGACCAUUGAGCGCAUGCCCUCCAAGCGUGUCAUGCCCAACAUGGUCGCCCUCCCCGAUGGCCGUUAUCUCAUCCUCGGUGGAGCCCAAGUCGGUCGCGGUGGUUUCGGUCUUGCUGACAAUGCCAACUUGAAUGCAGUCAUGUACGAUCCCGAGGAGCCUCUCGGCCAGCGCAUGACCGUUCUUGCCAACACCACCAUUGCCCGCAUGUACCACUCUGAAGCGGUCCUCCUCAGCGACGGAAAGAUUCUCGUCUCUGGCUCUGACCCUCAAGAUCAGGGUAAGCACCCUCAGGAGAAGCGCAUUGAGUACUUCUGGCCCGAUUACCUCCUGUCUGGUGCUACUCAGCCCAACUUUACCAUCUCGGACCGCGACUGGACUUAUGGUGAGAGCUACACUUUCACUCUCACUUCUGCUCUUGAGGAGGGUGCUUCAAACUUUCGCGUCUCCCUCAUGGCCUCUGUAGGUGCCACUCACGGUGUGAGCAUGGGUCAGCGUACCUUGUUCCCUGAGUUCUCCUGCUCUGGCAACACUUGCAGCGUGACUGCACCUCCCAAUGCCUUCGUCAGUCCUCCUUCUUGGUACCAGAUGUUUGUGCUUGAUGGACCUACUCCUUCGCACGCCAUUUGGGUCCGCAUUGGAGGUGAUCCAGGCCGUCUUGGUGACUGGCCUAGGCUUCCUGGCUUCACUCCUCCAGGUGUUUAA